AUGGGUGGCACAUGUAUGUCCGUGUUGUUCAGUAACGUACUUUAUAUUUGUGAAAUGUAUGACCGUGCUACAGAAGACAUCUUCUCUAACAACACUCUGAACAGGGGAUGGAUUGCUAUGAAUAAACCGCAGACAUGGAAAACGCAUUUAUCCAGAGAUGCCUGUGCAAGUAACCCUUGUAAUAGCAAUGGAUGGUGCGUUGCCGUGAAGGAAGACAAUUACAGAUGUACAUGCAGACUUAAAAGUGGAUACACGGGACAGAAUUGUAAUGUUCUGGUUGUAGUAGAAACAUAUGUAGAUUCUUGGUGUGAAUGGACGACUUGGACCGACUGUAGCAGUACAGUGGCUAUUGGAUAUCGUGAACGGAGUCGACACUGCAUUCGUGGGUACGAUGAUGCAACUGUGGAAACUGAUGGUUGUCAAGGACUGCCAGUCGAGUUUGAAAAAUGUUAUCCAGCUGAAGCUUGGUCUUUGGAAAUGUUUGUACCAAUCACCGGAUCUGGGAGUGUAGUGAAUUGCCAGGGCAGUGAACUGUCUCUUAGCGAAUGUGAAACAACUGUGAAAUGGAUGACGUACACUAGAUAUGCUGGAGUGGCGUGUGAUUUCAUCGAUAUAAAUGAGUGCGCAUCAAAUCCGUGUUUAAAUAACGGCACGUGUGUUGAUGGUGUAGACAGUUAUGUAUGUAAUUGUGUUGUUGGAUAUUCUGGUGAUAACUGCCAAACUGAUAUAAAUGAAUGUGCAUCAAAUCCAUGUCUAAAUAACGGUACGUGUGUUGAUGGUGUAAACAGUUAUGUAUGUAAUUGUGUUGAUGGAUAUUCUGGUGAUAACUGCCAGACUG